AUGAAUGGGCACUUAGAUGCAUCCAGCUUGAAGGACAAGUCUAUCAUUGUCACAGGAGGUGCAUCAGGCAUAGGGCUUGCAGCGGUCACACGCUUCGCAAACGGGGGUGCCUAUGUCACCAUCGCAGAUGUUCAAGACGCCGCUGGGAACAAAGCGGCUGCUGACCUCAACGCUAAGGGCUGCCACGUCUCAUUCGUCCAUUGUGACACAACCGACUGGGAGUCAAGUGUUGCUGCGUUCAAGCACGCCGCUUCCUUCGGGCCGAGCAAAUCCUUGGACGUCGCCCUUCUGAACGCUGGUAUAGGAGGCGAUAGGGGCAGCCUGACAGAUCAAGUCCUGGCAGCCCCCGAGCCCUCGUUGGAUCCCGAUGUCAUCCCAACACGUCCAACGCGCAAAGCAGCUGCUGUGAACUUCUUGGGGGUAUACGACAAUUGCUGGUUGGCGUUGCACUAUAUGCGUCUGCCGUCGAAAGUUGAGUCGUCAAACACACAGCAGAAAUCGAUAAUCCUCACUGCGUCUUUGGCAGCUUAUGCCGACAUGCCGUCCUCUUCGGAUUAUAAUUCUUCCAAGUUUGCCGUCCGAGGUCUCUUCCGAGGACUCCGACAUACAACUGCUGCUCUUAAUGUCCGCGUGAACCUGCUUGCACCUUACUGGAUCAACACACCCCUUGUUCAGUCUGCGCUUCCCUCAUUGGAGGCGAGGGGAGUGAAGCCAGGCCAGGGAUUGACGUGGGCCAGCAUCGAUCAUGUGGUCGACGCCAUGGUUAGAUCUGCCACGGACCCAAGUGUCGGCGGCAUAGCUUGGGGUAUCUGGCCAGAGGGCUACCUUGACAUGGGCGAUGACGAGGCCGGAGGCUGGGCAGGGGAUCAUCUGAGGGAGCAUUGGGAGAUCCAGAGACAAAAGGGCGACAACAUGCUUUGAGGGCCAGAGUCGUUCCAUGCGGCUUCGACCUUGGCUCGAAUCGGAACAGGGAAGUAGGGAUCAGAAGCCGAGGGUAUCCCAUGUGGGCUGAAGACUCCUUGUCGUUGCCGUCCACACAUUCAUUCUGAUUAUAUCAAGUCCCAAAAUGGCCUCUUCUACCCAACAUUGGUAGAUUCGAUGACUCUCAUUAGCCGCAGUAGCGAGGCGUAUGCGAGGGCUUGAGCGAGC